CUCUAGCGUUCGCAAAGCUCAUCUGUCUGAUUAUCCAGUUACCUCACUGAACAAGAGCUCGGCUAAGUCCUGCCCAUCUAUGACAUCACCCCUUCUUCAACCACUGCGAGGUGAAGCUUUAACUUCAGACUUGGAGGUGGGCUGUGUGCAGUAAACUGGAAUGCUCUCCCUCACUCACUCCUCAGUGUAGGAGUGAUCCGAAGCAGGACAAGCUCUGCCUGCAGCUGCUGUUGGCUUUGUGUGGACUGGACGCGGAGCUUGGGAGAGGGGGGAGGGUUAUUACUCCAGUUCACAGUCAGUGGAAUUACAGCUAUAGCGGCAGUAUACAUGGGAUUGCUUUUUCUCGUCUUCCUGGUUCAAAUGCCUAACUCAACACUCCUUAAACAUUAAAGCUUGUGAAAUACAUAACUGGGCAACAAAUAAAGUUUUUACAAAAAGAAGAACAACAGUAAGAAAAUUUGUCAUAACUGAAUGUAGCCGCAAAAUAGAAGGAGAUGCUCAUACCCAGUAUAUUUUAAGGAAGAGAAAUGUAAAGGAAAUCUAGUAUGCUUCCUUUUUUUUUUUCCCCCAUGAAGAAUAUUUGAAUUAAGUUUCUAUACCUCUUAAAAAAGAAUACCUGUUCUUGUAUAACGUGACUGCACCAGAUAUUCUGAGAAAGCAGCAAGAAGCAAAAGCUGGAAAUAGCUAUUUCACAGCAGGUAAUCAUACCUCAGGAUAUAGCUACUGUACAAAGUUUAUACUUGGAUAAUCCUGUAUAGGAAUAAAGGUGGGGGGUAAAUGACUGAAAAACCUAUUACUAUACAGGCCUUAGCAUCAUGAAUGGCUUUCUUCAUGAGGAUCUGAAGUUACUAUCUCUGACCACAUUGCACAGAAGAGCCAAUAAGAAUUUCAAAGAGAGCAAUUUCUACUAAGGGAAUUAAGCUACACAAAAAGAACCUUCACACAGAAACUCUAUCAGAAAAAAAAAAAAAAAAGUACAUAGGAAGCCAUGUGUUCUACAUAGUAACAGGAAGCUGAAUUGUUUCUGGUCCCUACUUUAAUGAGCUUGCCCACCAUGCUGAACUGCAGCUGGAAUGUUCAUUGACAACAGCGAGCCUGAUCUGGAGGUGUGUGCGGCAUAGGAUUACUUGAAUAAACAGUGAAGAACAUUUCCAAGGACUGAACAAGAAUUUUUAAUUCCCAGCCCCUCAUCAGGAAAAUAAUAUAUGUGCAUUGGAUUUUCACUCACGCAAAAUUUAUUCACAUCGUUAAAUAAGGGCUCUGACAGUACCGUGUACAAAGACCUCAACAGUGCUGACCAUGAUCAGCCCAGCCUGGAGCAUCUUCCUCAUCUGGACUAAAAUUGGGCUGUUCCUUCAGGUGGCACCUCUCUUAGUUAUGGCUAAAUCCUGCCCAUCUGUAUGCCGUUGUGAUGCAGGUUUCAUUUACUGUAAUGAUCGCUUUCUGACAUCCAUUCCAACAGGAAUACCAGAGGAUGCUACAACACUCUACCUUCAGAACAACCAAAUAAAUAACGCUGGAAUUCCUUCAGAUUUGAAAAACUUGCUAAAAGUAGAAAGAAUAUACCUAUACCACAACAGUUUAGAUGAAUUUCCUACCAACCUACCAAAGUAUGUAAAAGAGUUACAUUUGCAAGAAAAUAACAUAAGGACUAUCACUUAUGAUUCACUUUCAAAAAUUCCCUAUCUGGAAGAAUUACAUUUAGAUGAUAACUCUGUCUCUGCUGUUAGCAUUGAAGAAGGGGCAUUCCGAGACAGCAACUAUCUCCGACUGCUUUUCCUGUCCCGUAAUCACCUCAGCACAAUCCCUUGGGGUUUGCCCAGGACUAUAGAAGAACUACGCUUGGAUGAUAAUCGCAUAUCCACUAUUUCAUCACCAUCUCUUCAAGGUCUCACUAGCCUAAAACGCCUGGUUCUGGAUGGAAACCUAUUGAACAACCACGGUUUAGGUGAUAAAGUUUUCUUCAACCUAGUCAACUUAACAGAACUGUCAUUGGUGCGGAAUUCCCUGACUGCUGCACCAGUAAACCUUCCAGGCACAAACCUGAGGAAGCUUUAUCUUCAAGAUAACCACAUCAAUCGGGUGCCCCCAAAUGCUUUUUCUUAUCUAAGGCAGCUGUAUCGACUCGACAUGUCCAAUAACAACCUAAGUAAUUUACCUCAGGGUAUCUUUGAUGAUUUGGACAAUAUAACCCAACUGAUUCUUCGCAACAAUCCCUGGUAUUGUGGGUGCAAAAUGAAAUGGGUACGUGACUGGUUACAGUCACUACCUAUGAAGGUCAAUGUGCGUGGGCUUAUGUGCCAAGCCCCAGAAAAAGUUCGGGGGAUGGCUAUCAAGGACCUUAAUGCGGAACUGUUCGAUUGUAAGGACAGUGCAGUGGUAAGCACCAUUCAGAUAACCACUGCAAUACCUAACACAGUAUAUCCUGCUCAAGGACAGUGGCCAGCUCCAGUGACCAAACAACCAGACAUUAAGAACCCCAAGCUCACUAAAGAUCAGCGAACCACAGGGAGUCCAGCAAGAAAAACAAUUAUAAUUACUGUGAAAUCUGUCACCUCUGACACGAUUCAUAUCUCUUGGAAACUUGUCCUACCUAUGACUGCUUUAAGACUCAGCUGGCUCAAACUGGGCCAUAGCCCAGCAUUUGGAUCUAUAACAGAAACAAUCGUAACAGGGGAACGCAAUGAAUACUUAGUCACAGCCCUGGAGCCUGAUUCGCCAUAUCGAGUCUGCAUGGUUCCCAUGGAAACCAGUAACCUCUACCUAUUUGAUGAAGCCCCUGUUUGUAUUGAGACUGAAACUGCACCCCUUCGAAUGUACAACCCUACAACCACCCUUAAUCGAGAGCAAGAGAAAGAACCUUACAAAAACCCCAAUUUACCGUUGGCUGCCAUCAUUGGUGGGGCUGUGGCCCUGGUCACCAUUGCCCUUCUUGCUUUAGUGUGCUGGUACGUUCAUAGGAACGGAUCACUCUUCUCAAGGAACUGUGCGUACAGCAAAGGGAGGAGAAGAAAGGAUGACUAUGCGGAAGCUGGCACUAAGAAGGACAACUCCAUCCUGGAAAUCAGGGAGACUUCUUUUCAGAUGUUACCAAUAAGCAAUGAACCAAUCUCAAAGGAGGAAUUUGUAAUACACACCAUAUUUCCUCCUAAUGGAAUGAAUCUGUACAAAAACAAUCACAGUGAAAGCAGUAGUAACCGAAGCUACAGAGACAGUGGUAUUCCAGACUCAGAUCACUCACACUCAUGAUGCUGGAGGCCUUGUAGCUGACUGUGUUUCGGUUUUUUUAAACCUAAGGGAGAUGAUGGUAGGAACCCUGUUCUACUGCAAAACACUGGAAAAAAAGACUGAAAAAAGCAAUGUACUGUACAUUUGCCAUAUAAUUUAUAUUUAAGAACUUUUUAUUAAAAGUUUCAAAUUUCAGGUUACUGCUGCGAUUGAUGUAGUAGAGAUGCCUGAACACAAGUCUA